AUGGUGAUUGAUAUUAAAAUGUGCCGCUUCGAUAAUGUGCCUUGGGGGUUUCGUUUGGUCGGUGGUGCUGAUUUCGAAUUUCCGCUGACGGUGGUUAAGGUCAAUGAGGGCAGCAUUGCUGAGGAGGCUGGCUUGCGUGAAGGUGACGUCAUUGUGCGCAUUAACGAUACCGCCACUUCGCCGCUCUCGCAUGACGAAGCAGACAAAGUUAUUAGGCAAUGUGGAAAUGUAUUUUUCAUCGGUGUAAAACGUGAUGGGGAGGAAGAACUGGUGCCGAAGAUUUUCCCCGUUUUGGGGGUUGACGAACGUCCUACUACACCGCAAGCUUUCCUUGAUAUAAGUGGACGCAAAAGCCCUAUUCCACGUCAGUUAGCAGUUGAGGAGCCAGAUUCUCAGACGGAGUACUUACCCGAACUAGCGGAACGUCCAUCAUCGGUGCUUUCCGAGCAAACUGAAAUCAAGUUGGUUGAAGAAGAGAUUGCUGCCGUGCUUUCUGGCGAAUCGGAGGUGCUACAGGAUCAUAACGUUUUGGGCGUAAAUUUCUACAGAAUAUUCCCCAAGCCGGGCGUUUGUAUGGCUAGUGAUGUGCUGCGUACACUAAAUGAGAGCGCUACGAAAACCAAAGCGGAAAAGGAUAAGGAGAAUAAAAAGUGGUCAACUUUUUUGGUGAAGCCAGAUCGACCCAUACCGAAGAGCAAGGAACAGAUCGAGGCUGAGCGCAGAGCGGCAAAUGCGUACAAAGUGAAGAUUGUCAAGUCGGCACCAAUAUCACGUUCGCCAUCGCCAAUGCCACAACCACCGCCACCAGAAACACCAAUAGAAACAAAACUGCCAGUUGAAGAAAAACAACCGUCUCCGCCAAAGGUAGAAGAAGUUAAGGAGCCACCACCAAAAGACAGCGAAUUACCGAAUUUAGAAGAAGUUAAAAUUUUAGUGGAGCCACCAGCUGAGGAGAACGGGAACGUACAAGUAUCGCUAGAAAAUGAGCAAAAACUAGUAGAAGAAAAUGUGGAGAAAGUGCAGGAGACCAAAAAGGAGCCAUCCCCACCAGUCGAGUCGACACCCUCAACAGCAGCUGAACAAAACGGGGAAGGGCUUGCCACCACAAAUGCUCCUGCUGAAUCUAACCUCCCAGUUCUACAAGAACGCGAGAAGACUGAAGAAGAACUGGCACUCGAACGUCAACUGGCCGACGUACAACGCCAACUGGCCGCUCUUUCCUCACUACCAUCCACCAUACAAGCCACACUCGAUGCCGUAACAAAGCAAUUGGCCGCAUUGUUGCCAGCUUUUCAAUUGCAAUCAGCUAUCGCUGAACCACAGCGAGUAGACGCUCCAGCACCAGCUGAAACGCGUGCCAUUAAUUUGGAAAAUAUUGAGGAGGCCGUUGAGGUGACCAAAGCUGAAGAAGCACCAAAGCGCGAUAAUAACGAUAAUCACGUCGAUACUGUACCCACUGAAGCAGUCACGACCCCUGAAACAAAGGAAAGCGCUCCGGUAGAAAUUUCAGUUUUGGACCCAGUGAAGAAGCAGGAGGCUAAGCAGAACAGAGAAGAUAUGCAGCAGUUGGAGGAAGAACAGAAUGCGAAGAAGCAAAAGCGUAACGAUGUCAUCGAGGAGCUCGAAGAGGAGCUGGAGCGCAAUCACAAUCCCAGCCGUCGUUCGAAACGUGCCUUUGGCCCAUUAACGCCAUCCUCGGAACGGCCGCUUGUUUUGCCCGGCGGUAGACGUUGGUAUCGGCCUAAAGAUGCAUACAAUGAUGAAUUUAUAGCGGAAACAUUAAGUGCACAAGCGGAACUCAUAACUGGCACUACAUUGGGUUGUACAUUUGAAAGUCCAUUACUCGGCUACGAUCCAAGAGUCAACUUCAUGAAGUAUCAAAAGCCUGAAAAGAAAAUCGACUUGAAUAGAAGUGAAGUUUACAAAGUAAUUCAUCACUUGGACCGACAGCCAGUGCGCGGCAUUGAAGUUCGGCCACCCGUGGUGCCGGCUGAAGUGGAUAUAAGAAAGGUGGCGCUGCAACCGUAACUUGCCACUUGCCACUUGCCGCUGCGCGAGCAGCGCAACAAAACUCCAGCUG